AUGGCUUCCACCUUGGUGUCAUUUUGCAUUCGAAACUUGGAAGUUUUUCAGCCGUUUAGAUGUAAGUACGAGAGUUUUAUUGUAUCGCAGUUUUCAAGAGAAGCUUUAAAAAGAAUUAUUUAUAAUACAAACUGAAUUUCUUCCUGGGUACAAACAGGUUUGCCUGGAGUAUUUAUACAAUGUCGAACGCACGCCAAGAAAUCCGGGGGCCAUGGAAAGAACCAAGGCAAACCCAGGAAGGGAAAGCGUUUAGGGAUGAAAAGAUAUGAAGGUGGGCGAUUAUAUCGAUCAGUAAUAAGGCUGAGUGUUAAAUUCUCUUUAUUUUUCAAUAUUAUCCGCAUCAGAGAUGCCAUCCUCUGUAGAUCUGAAAUCUGGAGAUAUUUGUUGCACUACCCCAGACUUUCCCGUUGGUCAACCCACUCUACUCAAAUUAAUCGACCCAGUCCUCAACUUGAGUUUGUACUAGUUGUGAUAGAUACUCAAAAAUACUGCCAGAAACCGUAAUGUAUAUUGAAAGUUUGUCAAGUUUAUUGAAAUUUGCCAUGGUGAAUCAACACAGUGAAUGGGAGUGAAGCAGGACUUGUGUCCCAAUAUGCUGAUUUCAACCCAUCUUACUCACCUAACUAGUGACAGGUUGUGGGCUGUGUUUUUUUUCAACAAUCAUACUCCUGGGGGUAUCUCAGAGAUGACUAUCUCCUUUGCAGUACUUCCAGCAUCGACCACUGCCCCCCCCUCCCAUAAACACAAAAUGAUGCAGUCUCUAAGUUAUAACAUGGGUGUGACUGAAGACAUUAUAUGAAAUCUUACAUGAAAUGCAGUCUGUCGAAACUCACUUGUUUGACAAAAUAGUCUUGUCAUUGAUGGAAUAUGUGUAAAAAUAUCAUCGCAACCACAGUGAUGAAAUAAACUAUUUAGGGGAAAAUGAGCUAAAUUCUAAGCUAAAGCACAGAAAAGCUCAAAAUACAAUAAAUGUUCAACCAAGAGAUUUAGUAACCUGUAUUGGUAAAUGGAGGCUAUUCAGGAGACUCUUGCAUAAUCCUGAAGAGUUGGCAUAUAUGGGCCGUAUGUUACUAAUAAAAAACUUUGUCGUUACUGCAGGUGAACAUGUAAUCCCAGGUACUGUCCUUUUUCGGCAGUGGAAACACAAAGUUAAAUUUCAUCCAGGAGAAAAUGUAAGCUGGUUGAAGGAUUUUUGUAUAACAUUUGCCCACCUUAACUGCGUAAGAUAGGCUUCUAAAGGUGGUCCUGAUUUUUAUUAGUGUAAUGUUAUUGGUAUUGUUUCUAUCCUAAUGUAAAGCCAAAAUGCCGAAGAUGCAACUCCCUGAUAGUAAGGAAAACAUGAAGUCGACAGGAAUAAACAUGAAUGUAUACUUGUAGUAUGGUUAGACUAAGGCACCAAGUUAUUCAUGGGAAACAGCGGAAAGCCAAACUAAGAAAAAGAAAAACAAGAGCUUCAAGAGAAAAAUAAAGACCAGACUUAAACCUACAUAGUUUAAACAAGAAGACAAAGACUAUAUCUACUGUAAGAUGGCACUGACAUAAACAGUGAAAAAGGUUUUGACAGUAAUAAUUUGUUAUAAUUAUGUAUUAAGAAAUGGAGAGAUUAAAGUAGCUGUAAAGAAGUUGAAAAAAAGUUUGUAGUUUUAAUGUGAUUGAUACAUGUUAAACCCCUUAAGCCCCAGUAUCCACAUACCACAGUGGAACCUCGAUAUAACAAACCUCUGUAUAAUGAAGUCCUCAGUAUAACGUAUGAUUUUCUUUACCUCAUUAAUAGUAAAAUGAAAAGUACCACGUUAUACUGAACAAAUUUUGCCAGCCCUUUGGCAUGUCGUUAUAUAUUUGAGCUUCCGCUGUAAUUCUCUAGCCUGCUUUCCACACAUUUCGUAGAGAUUAAGUUGAGUGAAUUUUAGGUAUAAUCAUGAUUCUGUAUUGAUAUUGUUUUGAAAAAAUUAAUCUUGAUCACUCUCUUGCCUCAGAAGUUAAAAAAAUAGAAGUAAUUAUGAGAAGCAAGACACUAAGGCAAACCAAACUUAACUUUUCAUAAAUUUUUUCUUUCUUCUCUCAGGUUGGAGUUGGCAAAGAUUGGACAUUAUAUGCACUAGCUGAGGGAUUUGUUAAAUACAAGAGAGAACUGCUUGAACCUUAUGCGUGGGGUUAUGGUCUACAAAACAAAUUCCAUGAGAAAAAGUUUAUUCAUGUCAUACAGAAACAGCCCUUCAUUGGACCAAAGCUUGUUCCUGCUCAUGAUGUUUAUAAAAUUUCUGAAAGAUAAUACUUACUGAAAUGAACUCUACAUGUAGGCCAGGCUCCUUGCUGGUUUGCAUGCCAUGGGUGGUGAAUUCUUGCAAUGGUGGUCUGAUAGAGCCCUGUUUGUGGAUUACGAGUUAUCCCUGAACAGCAUUAGUGGCCUUAAGCUACACCGUUUCUCUCUAUGGGUAUGGGUAGACAAACAUGUUUGCUAUGUUAUACAAAAGGUGGCCAUGAUUUCUUAGCCACGGUGAUAAUGGCCUCAACCCUCUACCAGGUAGCCUGUUUCUCCAGGAUAAGAGGCAAUAACAGCUAUGUGUACAGGUUAUUUUACCUGCAUCCGUACACAGAAAUGGUGUAUCUUAAGGUCUCUACUGCUGAACCUUGGAUGCACAUAUUGAGGAAAUCCAUAAUUAGACUGAUAUCUCCAAUUCUUUGGAUUUGUCAUAAUAAAAGAAACACAACCGCUACUGAAAAUGGAUUCUAUAGUGUGAGAAUGUAGCAGGCCUCAAAUUUUCACAGGAAAAGGACUGGGAGAAGUACUCAAUAAAUAAUCCACAAUGUUUAUGUGAAAAUUAAUUUACCCAGGCAAAGAAAGCUACUUGUAUAUAUAUGAAAGAAUG